GUCAGCUGAAGUGCCACAUGGUAUUUUAUUUGCCUCAUUCUGCCAUUUGCUGUCACCACCACUUUUAACCUGAGUUCCAAACCUUGAUAACAAAAGCUUUUCAUGCAUAAUUCCCCUGGUAACUGCUUUUCUCCUCCCACUCAUUCACAACAUGUAGGAAUCAGGACAAGCAGGAAACUUGAUCCACAAAGUAGCUCAGUCCCCUCCCUGUUCUUUCCUCUCAAAGCUGCAGUGCAAAACCAUACAAGAAACGGACAGCUAACGAUUUCACUUGUUUUGUUUAGCGGCAGCUUGUGGUCUUGAUCUGUGAAUCUGGGGCAAGGCUGAACUGAAAUGGGAUUUUUCUGAAACAUCUUGAUGCAAACCUAAACCCUGCAUCUCAUGUUUUCUUCUUACUGAGGAAAAUGGGCAAUCAGAUACUUGGUUUCUGUUUGGCGCUGGUCGGCAUUCUGGGCACCAUCGUGAUAUGUGGCCUGCCCAUGUGGAAGGUGACUGCCUUCGUCGGGGCAAACAUCAUUACUUCCCAAGUCUUCUGGGAAGGCUUAUGGAUGAACUGUGUGGUCCAGAGCACGGGGCACUCCCAGUGUAAGGCCUAUGACUCGAUUCUGGCUUUACCGCAGGACCUGCAGGCUGCCAGGGCACUCGUCUGCGUCUCCAUCGCUGUCAGUGUGGUGGCCAUCGGGCUCACUGUGGUCGGGGCCCGCUGCACCAACUUCCUUCGUGACGACAGCCACACCAAAGGCAACAUCGGCAUUGCAGGAGGUGUGGUGUUCAUACUUGCGGGAGUUUUGUGUGUUAUCCCGGUCAGCUGGUCAGCUCACACCAUCAUCACAGGCUUCUACAACCCUCAGGCCACCCAGGAGAGGAGAGGCGAGCUGGGAGCAUCUAUAUAUGUGGGCUGGGCGUCUGGAGCUCUGCUCAUCAUUGGAGGAGGGAUUCUGUGUAGCACCUAUAGGUGCUGAGACAGAGGAGGGGAAUAUAAAAUGGCAUCCCUCAAUCAGAUAUAUAGAGUGUUGACACAAUUUUAAUGAUUUUAGCUCACAGAAGGAAAUUAAUUUACACUUACCAGCACUACAAAGAUCUUCGCUCAUGCUUUGUUAAAAAAAUGUGUUUAAAAUUUAUUUCAACUUGAUUUCAAUUCUAUAAGUCAUUUUAAUGUGUAAAAUAUGAAACUGUACAAAUAGUGCUAGUAUGUUUUCUUUCAAGACAAUUUAAAAUGAAGAACAGCAUACAUGUAUACACAGUAUGUGGCAUUUUCUUUUAAAGUGAAGUGAAAUGAGGUCCAGAUGAUCUAAUGUCAGUAUGUUAUGAUGUGAACACUUUAACUCUCAAAGAUGUUUUAUGAAUUUGCAAAGAAUUUAUAAUUUAUUUUUUGAUUUUAUAUGAAUUGAAUACUUUAUAUGAAGUGUGUAGUACAGAUCUUAUUGUACACCUAAAACUAUAUGUAUUUGUAAUUUGUAAUUUAGUAUCCUAUACAGUCUUAAAAUCUUACAUUUCUUAAAAUUACAGGAAAAAAAAAAAAAAAAAACUUUUCCCCCAUUGGCUUCCAAUGCAGAUUUACUUAUUUAAGGAAUUUUCUAGGAAACUAUCAAUAGCGUGGAACAAUGACGACUGCUGAUACAAGAAAACUAUUGAAAAAAGAUUAACUGUAUUAUAAACAGAACUUUCCUCAGAUUUUGGUCGAUUUGCAUGUUUUAAAUAUUAGUGCUAUACCUGGAUUGGUAAGAUGAAUAUGUUUUCUGAUGUCAUGCAUUUAACCAGGGGAAUUUUUGUACAGUAGACUGCUCAUGGAUGUGUCUUUGAAAAAGACCAAAUAAAAAAAAGUAUUUAGAUUUGUAUAUUUUUGAA